ACCAGUGUCCGUCGUCAACAGACUAUAAAAGAGAGUACCGGCAAGAGUCGUAAACAUAAUCACCUACGAACUCGAGCAAAUUUACAGGCAGAAAUGGCGGCUGUACCAGCGAUUGCAUUAAUUUAUCCUCCUCUCCUGGCGCUUCUCACCGCGAAUGAGAACUACACGAUCUUCACCAACGACUAUGGGGUUCCACACGUGAUCGACGUUAGCGAACUUCCAUUGAAUGAGACGGAAGUCGCGCAGAUAGCGAGUGCCGCCGCGAAGACUACCUUCCACCUGUACACUCGAAACAAUCCGAAAGUCGGGCAGGAACUGUUCAUCAACGACUUGAACAGCGUGAAGGACAGUUUUUGGGAUGCCAAACGUCCCACUCGUUUCGUCACUCACGGAUGGCACGGAAAUGCCAACACCGUCGCCUGCACUCACGUACGGGACGCAUACAUCCAAGUUGGCGAUUACAACGUCAUCCUGGUGGACUGGCAGGAGGCGGCCAGUUACUUGAUAUAUUGGAAAUCCGUGUGCGGCGUGUUUCAAGUGGCGAAGCGCGUGGCUCUCAUGUUGAAUUUCCUGGAGAAGUCCGCGAGUAUGAAUCCAAGGACGGUCAAACUGAUCGGGCACUCAUUGGGAGCGCACGUCGCCGGUCUCGCCGCUCGUUCAGCGGACAGCGACAUCAGCGGGGUGGUCGCUCUGGAUCCUGCAAAACCCUCGUUCUCCAGAAAGGAUCCGGGAUUCAGGGUGGACAAGACGGACGCGCUUCGGGUUCAGGUGAUUCACACGAAUGCAGGUUCUCUGGGCAUGAAGGAGGCGGUUGGCACUGCCGACUUUUACCCAAACGGCGGCAGGAAUCAGCCGGGAUGCGGCCUGAUCGACUUGAUCGGUGUGUGCGCCCACUCGAGGUCUUACAUGUACUACGCCGAAUCUGUCAUGAAUCCCAAAGGUUUUCGCACCGAGGAGGGCGUGUUCAUGGGAGGACCGGUUCUCGAUCCAAAUGCGAAGGGGGAGUACACUCUGAAAACUGGCAGCAAGUCGCCAUUCGCGCUCGGAUGA